AGCCAUGUAUGUCUUUUAUUCGAGUUGAUAGUGGUUCUCAUUUGGCCAGAGAUGCAGAAUGUAUCUCUUUUCGUGGUGGUUUACCUUGCGGUAUGGAUUCAGGACGACUGUCUGACAGUCGAUGCUGCAAAGCCGAAACACCCAUUUACAGUGGCCAGGGAAGCUAUCCGCAAUGAGGACAAGUCGCCUUCAUACCUCCACAUAGUGGAUUUUGGACCUCAAGGAACGGGGGUAGUAGCUGGGAAAGACUUUUCUCCCUCUGAUUUCAUCACCUACUACCACGGCAAACACAGUUCAGAGAGACCAGACCUGGAUGAUCACGAAUAUGAAUUUCUGUUCAAGCUGAAUCAUUACCACAAAAGUUUCUGGAUCGAUGCUUCCGAAGAGGAUGGGUCUUAUGGGCGACUUUUUAAUGAUGACUGGAAGAAUCCCAAUGCAAGAGCGAGAGUUAUAUUUGUUGAUGGUCAGGCACACGUAGCCUUUCUUGCCCGCAGAUCAAUUAAAGCUGGAGAAGAGAUCCGUUACAACUACAAACACGGAGCCACAGACUUCCCUUGGCGGCAGCCGAAGAAGCAUCCGUUUGCAGAAGCAAGAGAAGCCAUCCGCAAUACAGACGCGUCACCUUCAUACCUCCACAUAGAAUACUUCGGAACUCACAAAGGAAGGGGAAUAGUAGCAGGCAAAUAUUUCUCUCAUGGAGAUUUUAUAACCUAUUACCACGGAAAACACAGUCCAGAGGAACCAGAUCUGACUAAUGAGGAACACGAUUAUCUGUUUAAAUUGAACCAUUAUUUCAAAAGUUUUUGGAUCGAUGCUUCCGAAGAGGAUGGGUCUUAUGGGCGACUUUUUAAUGAUGACUGGAAGAAUCCCAAUGCAAGAGCGAGAGUUAUAUUUGUUGAUGGUCAGGCACACGUAGCCUUUCUUGCUCGCAGAUCAAUAAAGACUGGAGAAGAGAUCCGUUUUGACUACAACCAUGGGGCUACUCACUUCCCAUGGAGACAGCUGAAGAAAGCGGCAACGGGGGGUGGUGAAGGCAGCCGAAGUUCUGACGAAUCCAGUUUAGACCUACAGGAAAAAGUACCUGAACAUAUAUUUCAUAAGUCACAGACACAAUGGACACAUCAUCAGACAGAGACGUGGCUAGAUCUUCUCAAGACAAUAUUUAUGCCGACAUGCAUGUUGGAAAACGUUGGAGACAACCUUCAAUCCUCUUGCUCCCGGAGUUCUUCUAUACAGGACUGUCAACGGUGGCAUCUCUCUUAAAGUCUCCCGGAAGUCGGAUCCAUUAGGCUCUUUCAUUUCCGUUACAUGAAUAAGGAAGUCGAGCAGGCCGUGGCGUAAUCAGUAGACGGUGUUUGAGUCUAAAACAUGGCAUAAUGUCAAAUUUGUCAGUGUGAUGUCUGUGAGCAUUCUGUGUCUCCGUGUGAUGCUGGCAAGGAAGAAGAUUGCACUGGCAAAUCUCAUAUUCUACUUUCUUUAUGAAACCUAGAGACUGAAAUUCGCCCUAAAUGUUGAUGUGUUGAUGUAAUUAAACAUUUGAGGAUAUUCCUGAAUAAAUGUUCGCCUUUUAUAAUAUACCUUGCCAUGUCAGAUGUGAAUAACAGAUUCUGAAGAAGCUUAUUUGUGUACCUUCCAAUAAUGUAUCUUCAAGGUCUACGAAGUCAAGGAUAUGAUAAUGUACACAGGCCCCAUCGACACACAUCAAGUAAAUAAACAAAGAAUAUGUUUAUGA